AUGGCCACCGUGGGGGACGAGGACGAUUUCCUCAUGAAGAACAGGCAGAACUUCCUGCCCUUGCUCAGCGUGUCACCUCGAGGAGAACUCAGUGUGACAGAGGUGGACUUCUCGUCUCCAUCUGUUCACCUCGAGGAGAAGAGGAGAGAAGCCCAAGUGAUGCCAAAGGCUCUGGAGGAGGAGGGAGAGGCCUUCAGAAAGAGGAUGGAAGUCAUAGCCGGCCGGUGGAGGGACCUCCAUGCCAAGGAGGCUCAGCUGAAAGCCCACAAGGAGAAAUCUCUGAGGAUGAUAAAGGAAAGAGAGGAAAUGCAAGUCCAGGCUCUGAAGAAAGCCAUCAAAGAGCGAGAGAUGACGAUGCAAAAGGAGAGUGACCUUCUGAGAGCCAAGAGGGAACUGGAAGACCUGACAAUUAAGCGCCAGGAACUCUCCAACAAAGUGCAGAAGUAUUCCAUCUUCAAAAAAUACCUGGACGACGUGGUGAAGAUCUCAGAGCUGCUGCUGCUGCAGUCACCAGAGGGGCACGAGGAGGUGGCUGGGCAAGUGAAGAUGCCCCUGGAGCAGGGCACAGCAGGGAGAGGAGCUGGGAUCCUGCAGCACGAGGAGGAGCUGGAGCAGCUCCAACUGCCUUCUGACCAGGCUGGAAGCGACGUCCGCUCCUGG